GUUUAGUUGGCGUUGGCAUGCAGUGUCUAUUUAAAACGCAGCUCGUGGUAAUUUAAAUAAAGGGGACUAUAUAGGACGUCCUUAGAUCUUUUGAAAUGACUGUUAUAAACUCGAGCACGACACAAGCAGUGUCAUGAAACACGAGUAAGCAAUGCCAUACCAUGGGUUUCCAUGUGAAACAAGUCCGAGAGGGAACUGUGCUGAUCUUGAGUCAUAAACGAAAUAAAUAAGGCACUCUUAGAUGGUGAAAGAGUUGGGAUAGAUUGCCAUGCUUUAAAUAGAAGGCACUCUUUACUCUCUGCUUUGAUAUGAUGCUUUUGGACAGAAAAGAAUGACACAGUAGGAUUAUAGACAGCCAUCAUGAUGCUUAGGACAAUGUGGAUCUUACUGAAGCUUGGAUGAAAAGUGGUUGAUGUGAUUGCAAAGUUUAAACAAACAGAAAGUUACUACAAGACCAUAGGAAGCUGCGGUUAUGAAAUUUCCAAUGAUUCUUACCACGUCUUUGUUUUCCAGGCUGUCCCAUUUUACAACCUUGUAAUCCGUAUUGUGUGAAGGCUAUUGUCACUUAAGUGUACCAGGUUACUGCAGUCUGACCACAUGGUAGCAGAAGACAACUUCAAUCCUGUGGCGAUGGCCUCUUGUACGGAUGGGUUCCACUUUACUGUGCAGCACAUUCAUAUGCGGCCUCAGAUGUUUCUGGGUGAGUCCUCCACGCUGGACGAAGUAUUUCUGUCUGGUCGACCCCAGGGUCAUGAGCGGGUGGACUCCAACAUCCCAGCCGAUGUGGAGCUCCUCAUUGAAAAGGAACCAGAGAGCAAUGUGGAUUCUUCAGAAGAGGAAGAUAUUAUAGGACGGUCUGGACCAAGUUGUUACCAACUUUCUAUAUCAUCUGUGAUUUUGAUCUCAAUCAUAUGUAUACUAGUCGUGACUUGCAGGGAAUAUAUUAAAAAUCUGUUGCUAUGGCUGGAACAGACAGAUCCAUAUGUAAGUGUAUUUAUUUUCCUCCUUCUCUUCAUUGUGACCUCCUUCCCCAUGGCCUGGGGAUACAUUCUGCUCAUGGUGGCUGCGGGAUACCUGUAUGGUUACAUAUAUGGACCCAUUGUGGUGUUGCUGUGUGGGACCGUGGGUAUUAUUGUAGCACAUUUAGUGAUGAAAAACUGCUGUCAGAACUUCAUCAAGAAGAGGUUCUAUAACAGUAAAAUGAAGGCUGUCAUCAAAGUGGUAGAAAGUUCUCAAGGAUUUAAAUUAAUAGCAUUAUCAAGACUGACUCCCAUUCCAUUUGGAUUACAGAAUGGACUAUUUGCAUUAACAGACAUUUCCCUAUGGUCUUACUGUGCUGCCUCCACUUUUGGACUGCUGCCAACCACAGUCCUGAAUUGUUACAUGGGCUCCACCCUCAGGACCAUGAGUGACGUCCUGACUGAUCAAUCAAAUCAGACCACUGGUUAUCUCAUUUUAUCAGUUCAGAUUUUAUUGACAGUUGUAUUAUUGUGGAUUGUCAUCAGAAAAGCUCGAUCAGAGCUGAAGAAAACAGUGGAGGGCCAACAGAACCAGAGUAUGGAACUAGCAGAAAUCACCAAUCAUGACGAUCACCAUAGCAACAGAACGACAAACAAAAUGUCCAAUGGUGUCAUACACACAUGAUUGUUAGUGUUAUUUAUCACUGGUCUGUCAUUUUACAAAGUAUUCUGGUUUGCCAAAAAUUCAGGUUGUGCGAAAGCUGGGACAGCUCCAAGACCCUUGACAAGAAUAAUCUUUCAAAACUUGUGGAGUGCUGGAAAAUGUUAAAAUGCAAACAUCCACAUGUACCUGAGAUUACUGUUAACUAGUCAUCUUUACUCUUAUUACUUAUGCUGUUAUAUGCAUCAGUCUGAAGAGAUUCAGUUCUGAUCCUCGUAGUGAUACCUUACCAGUAUUUUAUGCAACAGUAAUCAGCAUUCACAUGCGUUGUACAACAACAAUUUCUGUGUUUGGUUUCUAUAUUCUUUAGUUUGACUUUGUCUAUUUAUUUUGCUAAAUGUCAGAAUCAGAUACAAGACCAGCAUUAUUUUGCUACCUGUACUUGUACAUACUGAUGUGUAGAAUGUAAUUGGCAAUAGAUAAAGAAUGAAUAUAUGUUUAGACAAGAUGAGCUCUACAAUUCUUUUUAUGCCCAGCCAUGUAAUUGGCUUGGGCAUAUAGUGUCAUGUCUGUCUUCUUGUGGCAGUUUGUCCCAUUUUGCACAUUUCUGACUGAACUACAGAAAACGCCUUAAUAAUCAAACUUCAUACACAAAUACAUCAUGGUGAGUGCAGGACAAUUUUUAAAAAAAACUUUACCUUCAGAACUUCUGUAGAACUUUGACCUUGCAUGGAUGAAUUAUUUGUAUAUCUAAUUUCUACCUACGCCACUGUGGUAACUCGCUUUGUAUGUAGGAAGUCCAGACCUGGAGGUUUUAAAACUUUUAUGAGCAAGUUUUCAUACUCAAACUCUGUGCUCUAAAUCGUACUCAUACUCAAAAGUGAAGGUUAUAAAACUUUUAUAAAAUCAUUCUCAUACUCAAAUGGAGUUCAUGCUCAAGAUUUUUCGAGUAUGCUUGGGAGCUUGCUUAGUUGAUUGAUUGUAUAUUGUUUAACGUCCCUCGAGAAUAUUUCACUCAUAUGGAGAUGUCACCACUGCUGAUGAGUUGUAUUCAAAACAAACAUGGCUGAGUUUGAGUAUGAGCACAUUAAAAGUUUUAUAACCUCCAGGCCAAGUUCAAUCCCAGAAAACGACAAAUUUGAGUGGUUAAAACAGGUAGUGACUGUUCCUUCACCAGACACAAAACAGGAGAGGGGAAGGUCUUUGGUCUUUUGGAUGAGAUCUUGAAAGCUGAGGUUCCGUGUCAUGGUGGAUGUUAGCAUGAUACAAAUACUGCUAAGUGACCCCGAGUGCUUAACAGAUUUAGAAAUUAGUAGGACAUCACUUAGAACUAGUGCUAUCUCAAAUUGAGUGAAAAAGUCUUGAAAAGACCCAAAAGUUCCAAACAAAGACAUUGUAACUAGCCUGUAGAUAAUGCUAUCUUUACAGAUAGGUUUUAGUGAGAGCAUAAUUUACAUGCCACUGUUUGUACUGUGAUCUCGUUUUAAUUGUAACCCACACCACACAUAUCUUGAAUAGGUCAUUUUAUACGACACAGAGACCUCAUUGUGGGAAAAAGCCUCACUCCCAAUUUUUAAAAAAAGACUUCCUUGGUCUUCUUUAUGACUUUUACCUCACAUUUUGUUUUCUGAGCAGUCAUAGUGGGGCAACACAUUUCAAGUGAAGUAUUUAUUUAUUGUGACCAGUGUAUAUUGAAAGACAUUGCACUACAAAUAUUCAUUAUACUGGUACUUAUAAUGUACUUUGAUAUACAUUUACAGCUAAGAAAAUGUCAUGUCAAAGUGAAGAGCAUUUAGUAAAGUAACUGAAAUUUAUAUAGAUCUUCAUUUCUGAAAGAAAAUAUAUUCAAGAAAUAAAUUCCUAAAUUUAAAGUAGUUUUGGUCUUGUAUUGUGAGACCUAAUGUAAAUUCAGUACAUUGGACCUCAGGUGUUGAGUUGCUCAAUGUGAAGAUUGACGUGUUAAAUGUUUCACAAGUUAAUUUUACCAAGUCAUACAAAUAUUAUUUUUAUAGAAAUGACAAUCUUUGAAUUGAAUUCCAUAAUUUCACAUUUUCACAAGUAGUCACAAUUGCCACAAGUAGUUAUAAUUGGUAUCCUAUAAAGAAAGGAAAGAAAAACAAUACAUAUUUUAGAAUUUUAUGAUUAUUACAUGUAUGCAUUUAUUAUACUGUGUAUAGGUCACCUUGUGAUCUAUACUGGUGAAUAGAAAAUAAUCAUUAUGGUCAAGUACAUUUAUGUCCAUAAUGCUUCAGCUACUCUUCACUGCACUUCAUUUAAAAAUUGCAUGUAGUUGUAGUCUUGCAUACCAGAAUCUCCCUAUCAGUGGAGGCUGAAUAUAGACCGAGACUCUGGUGUGCAAGAAUGUGUAGUUUUGAAUAGCGUAUGAAUUUGCCAUUCUGAGAAAAUAAUGGGUAAGCAAGACUAUUUCCAUCGCUACCCUCAACUACAUGCACUACUCAUUACGUGAAUGUCAUGUUCGUAAAUUUACCUUUCAGAGAUUGUGUUCAUAUUGAUCUGUUUAUGAUCGUUGUUUGGAAAUUACUUUCUCCAUUCCAAUUUCUGUUGUAUAUUGUCAUCAGUCAAUAUAGCCUGUCUUUUAAGGAUACAUGUUUCAAAUGAUGUUUUGUCUCAAACUUUCAAAUGAUGUCCUACUGUGUACAUGAAUGUGGCAUGUAAUUCACUAAGAAUGGCACAUGCAAUAUUUUUUAUAAUGUUACCUUUCAUAAAGUAAUAUUCCCAGUUGCUAGAUGAUAUGACUGUGGAGGACAAGGUGUUUCCUCGCCAAAGGAAAAAAUGUUUUGAAACAUUUUAUAGUCAAUCAGAUUCAAAUAUUUUACAUGGAAGUGUAUUGAAGAAAAAAAUUGUUCCCAGCUUAUCCAUUUAUUUUCAAUAUGGGUAAAUAGAUGUUAUUGUGUUUGCUCUCUUUCUUUACAUUUUAUGUUUAAAUGUUGUUUUUUUUAAAAACUUUGAUGUGCCACAGUUGUAAAAGUUGAGUUACUUCCCCUGCUUUAAGGCUAGUCCAAUGCAAUCAGCAAGUCUACAGAUCUAUGCACAGUUGUUUGUUUUAUGCACACAUUGGAUUUUAUUUUUGAUAUAAUGAAUGAAGUGAUAUCUGAUUUACACACAUGUAAAUGAUUGGAUGAUUUUUGCUAGAUAGUCAUGGAAAUUGGGAAGAUUGUGUUUAAUUUUUUUAUGUGAUCGAGUCACUUUCAGGGAUAUAUGUUUUCAUUUUUGAACGAUUAAUAUAAGGAAGUUUACACAUUAGAGUAUGCCACUGCACAUAGAUAAAUGUUAAAUUUAGAACCAAAAACGGUGAACAGCAAACCCUAGUGGUCUUAUAGUUUAUGUUAGGAGCAUCUUAUACCAGGGCUGCGGUCAAGAUCGUAGCGGCUAGCCUAGCUGCUAGGCUAGACAUCUAGGUAUAUUGAACGCACUGUAUGAAUUAACGCUUGUUAUCCCUACAUAGGGACUAACCUAGCACAUCGUUCGAGAUUGUAGGGCUACCGAGCCCUACGUAGCCGCUACGAUCUUGAACGCGGCCCAGAAAGAGUCGCAUUACCACCUGUUAUUAGAUUUGUUCAUCACACUGUCACAUUGGGUAUUCAAAGUACUGAUAACUUUAGAAGAUUGUAGCAUGCAGGAAUUUCGUAAAUAUUUGUCAUAACCUAAACAAUUGGUUUGCAUGCAAUUGUUUAAAAUUUUUAAGUAUGUUUUACAAAUAAAUCAUAUUUAUUAAGAUUAAGGUAUCUGUAUUGUAGUGCUGGAAUAAAUAUUGGUAGAAAUGCCAAGAAUUUAA